AUGAAGCUCGCCGUGUUUGUUUCCCUGCUGAUGAUUUUACCCUUCUAUGCCAAAGCUGCUUCAUGCGUCGGUAAAAAAGUAGACGUGUGGGUGAUUAAUGGUCACGAUCUUACCGGUGAUGGACUUCAAAACCCUGAUCCCUACGUCAAGGUGAGCUGAUUGUCUAAUGUGGGGAAACUUGACUUCAGAGGGGAUGGGAGAUGUUAUAUUCCUUCAACAGAUAGAUACAGUCACCAUACUAGCAAGGUUUUUAUUCCAAUGUGGACAACAGGACAGUUUAAUAGGUCCACUAUUGGGUCUGGAAAAAUGAAUAUUGCAUUUUCCUUAAAACUUUGCCUUUACUCAAGUUGACAUUAGAUGUAAAGCGUAAAUGUCAUUGUGUGUAUAUAUGAAAAUGUCUUUGCUAAAAGCAUAACAGCAACUGAUAUUUAUUUCGAAUUAAAGCAACAACUUAAUCGUACUUACAGAUAACAUGAUUUUUCGUACAAUAUGUACAUCUACCCUUUCCUUUUCACCUGCUUUUGUAUGUAGUUCAUUGUUUUCCAUGUGGUCAUAUCUAAUGGCAGUUAUCAUUUUUAUCUUGAUUUUAUGCAGAUUCAAAUCGGCAGUGACAACAGGAAAACCAAAACCAUUUAUGGGAAUGCCUACCCAGUUUGGUACGAGAAGUUUCACUUUAACAAGGCCAGCAGUGAUGUGAUGAAAAUCGAGGUGUGGGAGGCCGACACCUUUACACACGAUGAUCACUUGGGAACCUGCAUGGAGCCCUUGGAGGCCGGAGGAACCCAGUGGCGCAAAGUUGUGUGCAAAACUGAAAAUGAUGGUGAUGUGAAGCUCUACUACAGGUGUAGCUAA